AUGUCGGAAAACGUGACAGAAAGUGACGCGGGCGCAUCCGCCGCGCUCGCCUCCUCCGGAGCCGCGAGACGCAUCGCGGUGCGGCUGCUCAUCGGAGCCGGCGGAAGCGGCAAUCUUGGCGGGAAACUGAACGGAAGCGGCGGGAGUGGAAACCUCGCAGCACUUUCGGGUGCCACAGCGGCAACCAGUGGGGUUACCAGCGUUGCCAACAGCAGGCGUGGCGAAAGAUCCAUCGUUAGCGAAAACCCCGUCGCGGGCGGCGGAAGCCCGGACAGCCUCGCGGGAUGGGUAUCGAGUCCAAAAGAUCCCCGCAGGAGACUUCCGCAGAAGUCUGUUUCUGAGAGCUCAGAGCGCGGCGCAUCUUCCGGGAAGACUGGAAAGAAAGGCCAGGCGAGCGCGUGGGAGAAAUGCGACGACCUUAUGGUUGAUUGGUUAGGCUCCGUGGCGGAAUGCGGAUCCUCGGACGAAGCGGGCGGACCAACGGGGGACGUUGCGCAGGUUGCCGCUCCGCGGCGUGGCGCACAGAGCGGGCAGCAGGAGGGUCGCGGGGGGGGGCGCGGGGCCCUGGGGGCGCAGGACGAGCGCGACAGGCAGCGGGAGCGGAGCGGGGUGGAUCGGCGAGACUUCCUUCCUGCGAGGGAAAGAGAGACCAUUCCGCGCAUUCGCUCCGAUGAAAUCGCGCCGCGGCACCUUUCGCGCACGAGCAGCUGCAUCGACCACUCGCGGCCGGUCACGGCGCAGCGGGAGAAACCUCGCAGCAGUUUCGAAGGAGAGCGGGAGCGCGAGAGGGAGGGGGAGCGGGAUGAGAGGGGGCGAGUGAAGGGCGGAGCGCGCAGGGGGGGAAGCGGAGCGGCGCACGGGAAGGGGGAAAGCGGAGGUUUGUCGCGAACGUCUAGCUGUAUGUCGGUUGGCGGCGACGAAGUUCGGCGACUGGAGAACGAAAUCGCCGUCUUGCGGCGACAGCUGGUAACUGUCGGCCAAGCCAAGAGUGCGUUUGGCAAUCUCGGUUCGACAGGUGGCUCGGGCCAGGCCAGAGCGUACCAGCAUUCCGGGCCUGAGGCCGAGGCUCGGUCACCCGAAUGGCAGAGCAUCGCAAUGGAGGUAGUGGAACUGAGGGCUCAGCUGGGGGAGUUGACUGACGUUAACGGACGACUAACGGAGCUGCUUGAAAGGAGGACGCAGGAGCUGGUAGCGACGAAAGAGGAGCUGAAAACGGCCAAGGAGGAGCGCGACGCGCUGGCCAAGGAAAUGGAAGCGCUGCUCGAGUCCCUGUCAGCAUCGCCGCCCGCUGACGUGGCAAAUACAGGCAUGAGCGCCUCGCAGCAGCAACAGCAGCAGCAGAGAGUGCAGCAGGCAGAAGAUCAGGCGCGGCAGCUGCAGUUACUACUUGAAACCGCCAUGGCGGAGAGAGACAUGGCUGUUCGUCUCGCAGCCGCCACAGGGAGACUCCCUGCGGGACUCGUUCCCUCUACCAGCGUUGGCAGCAUUGGCCGUUCCUCCAGUGAGGAGCCGUCGCCUCGCCUGCGCUUCACUCCCCUUGACGUCCGCUUCCGCACUUCUCUCACCAACUCCCCGUCGUGUCUGUCCCCCGCCGCACGCCCGAGCGCGUACGCGCCCUCGCCGUUCCGUUCGCACAGUGAAUCUAGUUCGGGCAACCGUGUUGACACCAUAGCCAAGUCGUGGCUCGGCGCAGACCCUGCAGGGCAGCCUCGGCACGGGAUGCUGAGGAGCUCGAGCCGGGGUCUGGUCACAUCAGCCAUACCAAGCAUGGACCCUGGGAGUCCUUCCGCCAAUACUGGAUGGAGGGGAGCAGCGAAUGGGGAGGUGCAUAUGGGGAAGGGGCACCUGAGGCGGACAUCUACUGCAGGAGGUGCGAUUGAGGCGAGGCGUGUGUCGGAAUCGCGAUCGCCCAUUUCGAUGAGCCGACCCGGGAGUGCCGAUAUAGGUGCCCUGCAGGAAGGGGUGGAGCAUGCUGUGGGGGGCAAGGCUGCGGAGAAAGGGGUGAAGAAAGGAGGUCUGAAAGCCGCGAGCGCACGCUCUCGCGUGCUCGCGACGCGUUCACGCUUCGUGGUGGCGGUUCCGCCAAGAGCCGCGGAAGACUCCCCGCGACCAUCUCGGUUCCGCGCAUCCUACCACCCGCUCGCCCCCGCCGCGCCAGGCUCCGCGGAAUUUGCAGUCCCCCCCGCGACCCUUGCAGCAGGGGCGGGUGGUGCUUCCGCCACUGCUGCUUCCGCCGCGCGCGCCUGUCCUUCCGCCGCCGCCUUCUCCGCCAUCGCCGCUUCCGCCCGCUUCUCCACCGCCACUCGCGCCCAUUCCGCCGCCUCCUCCCCCGAUGACGCAUCCUCCUCCGCCGCCGGUGCCCCCGUCGCCUCCUCUGCGCCUCCCACUUCCGCCCCCUCCCCCGGCGCUUCCGCCGCUCCCCGCACUCCUCCCGCAGUCGUGCCCAUAUCGACGGUCCUCGUGGCGAAUCGCGGCGAGAUCGCGUGUCGCGUGAUGCGCACUCUAAAGCGCCUCGCGAUCCGCUCAGUGGCUGUGUACAGUGACGCGGACCGCGACGCACUCCACGUGCGCUCCGCUGACGUUGCGUUCCGCGUGGGGCCCGCCGCGGCGCGAGAGAGCUACCUGCGGGGCGACGCGAUUCUGGAUAUUGCGGAGAGAUGCGGGGCGCAGGCAAUCCACCCCGGGUACGGCUUCCUGUCCGAGAACGCUGACUUUGCUGCAGCGUGCAAACAGAGGGGAGUGGAGUUCAUUGGGCCGCCGCCCAGUGCCAUCAGAGCCAUGGGGGAUAAGAGCGCGGCCAAAGAGCUGAUGACGUCAGCAGGCGUGCCGGUGGUCCCGGGGUAUCACGGCGAGGACCAAUCAGAGCGCUUCCUGCAGGAGGAGGCGGCGCGGAUCGGAUACCCCAUCCUGAUCAAGGCCACGCAGGGCGGAGGGGGCAAGGGCAUGCGCAUCGUGCAUCGCCCUGAGGAGUUCCUUCCUAGCUUGGCGAGUGCAGCGAGGGAGGCGGCGGCGUCGUUUGGCAAUGGGCGGGUGUUGCUGGAGCGGUAUAUUCAGAGGCCCAGGCACAUCGAAGUGCAGGUGUUUGCAGACAAGCACGGUAACGUGGUGCAUCUCUUCGAGAGGGACUGCAGCGUGCAGCGACGGCACCAGAAGAUCAUAGAAGAGGCGCCCGCUCCUGGAAUAUCUGAGGAGUUCAGGCAGAAGAUCUGCUCCGCUGCUGUUGACGCUGCCAAGGCAGUGGGGUACGAGGGGGCAGGCACAGUGGAGUUUAUAAUCGACUGUGACACAAACGAGUUCUUCUUUAUGGAGAUGAACGCGCGCCUGCAGGUGGAGCACCCAGUAACAGAAAUGGUAACAGGGCAAGACCUAGUCGAGUGGCAGGUGCGCGUGGCACGAGGAGAGCCCCUCCCGCUUGCACAGAAGGACCUGAAACUCACAGGACAUGCCUUUGAGGCGCGUGUGUACGCUGAGAACGUUCCAAGAGGCUUCCUGCCGGCUGCUGGGCCGCUGCUGCACCUGCGCACCCCGGAACCCUCUGCCUGCGUCCGGGUCGAGACGGGAGUGCAGGAGGGCGAUGACGUCAGCACGUUCUACGACCCAAUGAUAGCCAAGUUGGUCGUGUCAGCGGCCAAUCGCAGCGCGGCGCUGCAGCUGCUGCGGCAAUGCCUAGGGCGGUACGAGGUGGCGGGCGUGCCGACCAAUCUCGCGCUGCUCCAGGCUGUCGCGUGCCACGCGGGAUUCGAGCGCGCUGACGUGGACACUCACUUUGUCCAGCGGCACCACGAUGAGCUGAUGACGUCACCAGUGAUGUCAGCAGCAGGGCGAGGGAUGGGAUCAGCAGAAACAGCAGCAGCAGCAGGAGGGGGGGGAGUGGCAGUAGAAAAGAGGUUGGAGUGUGGGGCGUUGCCCCUAGGUGGAGUUGAGGGAGCAGCAGUGGCUGCAAUGGUGUGCCAGUGUGUGGUGGAGCGAUGGAGGGAGCAGGGAGGUGGUGGCUUGUUGUCCUCCCCCUCCUCCCCUGCGUCCCCCCCUUCCCCCUGGUCGUCCGCCUCUGGGUUCCGCCCCAACUACUUCUACUCCCGCCCCUUCGCCCUCUCCCCCUGCCUGGGAGGAGGGGGGGGCGCGGAGGAGGAGGGGGACGAGGGGGACGAGGGGGAAGAGGCGGAGGAAGGGGAAGGGGGGGUGGAGGGGAGGGGUCAGGAAGGGGCGGUGGAGGGGUGGGUGAGGUAUGAGACAGAUGGGGGAUUCACGGUUGGUCUGGAGGAUGGGAGACACGUGGCAGCCUCUGCGCCCACUCCUGAGUCCAAGUCGCUCUAUAUCGUGCGCCUGCGGACCGCCCUUCCCCUCGCCGCGUAUCGCGGCGGAAUUGCGAGCUUCCCGGGAUGGACGGACGACGACGACGACAAUGCUGCUGGUGCGGCAGCUCUGCGGGCGACGGCGGCGACGGUGGCGCACGAGGCGGCGACGCUGGGCGGCAGCAUUCCGCGGCGCGCGCGGCUGAGCAUGGAGAACCCGCAACUCAAAGCAUACGCGCAGUUGCUCGAGGCGCAGCAGGCCCAAGUCGCGUCUGACGUGGGCGUGACGUCAGAGCACAUAGUCUACAUGCACGCGAGCAACGGGUUUGCAGCGGCCCUCUCCAAGCAGCAGGUGUGGCGGCUGGAGAGACACCCGGCAGUGGCGGCAGUGACGCGCAGCCGCAGAGUGACGCCGCUGACCAUCGACUCGCCCACCUUCCUGGGCAUGCGCGCGCCCGGGUCGCUGUGGCCUGCCAAUGGCGGGCAGGCGAGCGCGGGCAAGGGCAUGGUGGUGGGCGUGGUGGACACGGGCAUAUGGCCCGAACACCCCUCCUUCAGCGACGCCGGGUUCCCCUCCUCCAAACCCGCCGGCUGGUCGGGGAAAUGCGACAACACGAGCGAGUUCAAGUGCAAUAACAAGCUGAUUGGCGGAAGAAUUUUUUACAAGGGCUUUAAGAAGGAAUUUGGCGACCCGGACCUGUCUUCUGAUUGGCUGUCUCCCCGGGAUUCAGAUGGCCACGGCACAUGGUGUGCAAGCGCGGCAGCGGGCAACAAGGACAUACCCAUGGCGGGCGGCAAGGCGAGCGGCAUGGCGCCAGCAGCGCGCCUGGCAAUGUACAAGGUUCUCUGGCACUCUGACGGCUCUCUCACCGGGACAUGGGCCGACAUCGAAGCCGCAGUCAACCAGGCGGUAGCGGACGGUGUGGAUGUGAUCUCCAUCUCGUUGGGCGGCUUGAAUAAUAAGGAGACCUACUUUGACCACAUACCAUAUCUCAAUGCGAACCUGGCGGGAGUGUUGGUGUCGUAUGCAGCGGGCAAUGAAGGCUCGCCAGGCUACUGGGAUCCAGGCUACUUCCGCACAAUCGACAACUUCUCGCCUUUCUACCUCACUGUGGGGGCUAG